AAGCAGAGUUACUUGACUUACAGGUAACUUUUGUGUAGUUAGUUUAUUAGCACGCAUUGAACUAAGCUGAAUGGAACCAAAGCAAGGUUCUGAUGCCAAUAUCACGUCUAACUCGCCAUACAGAAGGCGUAACCACAAUAAAACCAGAUGGGCAGCGAAACUUUAUGAAGUGCACAACAAUAAAGAUGUCACGUUUAAGCCAGUUGAAAAGGACGACAGUUCUAUUAGAAAAGUACAAAUCGGGGAUUUGUCCAACAUUGACAUAAAGAGAGUUCGUGUUGGACCGCAUAUACAUGAGACUGCUGGAGAACAUAGGAAACAGUUUAAUGCUGUCCAUGACGUUAAGAAAGCUGAAAUAACAAUUGGAAUGCGUGGCGAAGAGAGAACUGAAUAUCCUAUCGUAAAUAGCUUUCUAUACAGCCAAGAGUCUAAUGGAAGCCACCAUAGGCACCGUGUGUGGAAGCAGGACCGAGAGAAAAUGUGUGAAGAACCUCAUUACAAAGAAAGUGUUUGGAAAUCAGAGGAGUGCCCGCAACCCCGAGGUCGCAGUAAGUUUUCUUCCAAAUCUGAAGACAGCGAUUUAGGUUCUGGCCAAAACACAUCGGAAGAUGAGAAAUUUAUAAUCGAUUUACAAAACAUGGAGUUGAACCGAAGUCAUGCUUUCAAACGAAGAUCAAAAAGUGUUCCUGCAGAUCGUGGAUCGAUGGGCGACAGAAAAGUUGGGACGGGACAAUUAGGGUCCAGGGAUUCACCCAACGAGCACUUGGAAAACAAAUGGAUGGUCGAUAGAGAAUUACCGCACAAUGUAUCCUCGUUUGUGUCGGUUGGGCACGGAGUAAUGCAAGAAUAUGUGUUCGUCAAUAACGAUAGGCCAAAGGGUAAUGGCGUAAAAGUGUCCAACAGGCUGUCCUCGUUAAAGUCGAUAAAUAUUGACGCAAAUUCUGAAGCAGAAAAUGAUGAGGUAUCUGACGUUGCUGAGAGGUUUGGAGUUUCGGAAAAAGAUUUUGAAACCGAGGCAGCAGAUCAUGAAGUAGCGCUUGGAUUUACAGAGCCGAAGUUCUUAAACGCUAAGUCUGUUAUUACAUCACGCACGCUGCAGAACAAGCGGAAGUCACUUUCUGUACCAACAUCUCCAACCUUUGCUAAGCAACCUGGCCUGAUCGGGAGGUUUUACCGAAGAAACUUAAUUGUCAAAAAUGUCAGUGGUGGAAGCAGUCCUGCCAGAAGCGACUCUCCGGACAGCGUGGCUUCGUUAGCCAGCAAGGCUCUUUUGGUUCAGAUACCGCUUAUUAUGGCGAAUGGAUCCCCAGACGUAGACGGCAGUGAGAACGAGAACGUGGUUCUAAUUUCGGACAGCGAGGAGGGUGAGCAAACAUAUGCAGCACCUCUGAUCAAUUUUGCUCGUUAUAACGGUCAUAAACAGCUAUCUAACGGAUCAACAACAUAUGCUAUGAACGCAGACGUCCAGUUAAAGGAACAAGGCAAAAAGAUUGGCGACCAGAAAACCGCAAAUAUGUCAAAGAGGUCGCGGAAAAAGGUGGAAGAAGAAAUUCCGUGGUCUCCGAGCAACCUUACGAUUACUCUGGCAGAAGAAGAAUGUUUUCCGCGUGGAAGAUUCCGGAACAGUCCUUCCCUCUCUGUGGCAAGCUCCGAAGAUCUCCAAUCACAAUCUCGGUUCGUUUUCUCUUCUCCCUUCGGUUCUGAAGCCGAAAGCUCAAGCGACAGUGAGGAGGUCGCUCCUCUGUGGCACUCACGCACUUACUUGGCAUCCGCAGUCUCAAGUGUUCGUUCAUCAAGCGACAACCUCCUCACACAAUGCGGCAAAAAUUCUGACGUGAACUCAAGCGGGCGAUCCACACCCUCAAAAUCGAGGGUAAAGAAAACAGUUAGCGACGGUUCCAUUCUUGCAAAGGUGUUUAAUUCUACACGGGAGUCCCGACCUAAGAUCACGUGGGAAGAACUCGAGAAAAAUCGGAGAUGUUCGGAAACUGUCGUAAACAGCUUUAUGCAAGAUGGGAGACGAUUCGCCAGUUUAGGCCGUGGAAAAGGUACCGGGAGUCCAGAUAACGAACCGAUCCGACCAACGGCACGAAGAGCUGCACUCGUAUCGACUUUACCAGAGUCAGAUAUGUCGUUGCUGUCAGACACGAUUGCGACAUUACAGCGAAAUAAUCAACACGUUGAAUCGUCACCAGAUAUGAAGAGAUCAAAGUGGAACUUUUUACACUUUCGGAAAGACAAAGAAAGAUCAAAAGAACAAAAAUUCGAAGAAGUGUUAGAAGCACUAAAACCUAAAGAACCAGAUCUCGGCGUUGCUCUAAUUAUCAGGGAUCUCAAUAACUGCACGGAGGACGGGCGAGGCAGCACAUCGAGCUCGAUAAGUUUACCAUCGCCAACUAUAGAUAAUCCCAAAGCCCGGAGCAGGAAGAGACAGAACGCUGUGUGGGAACUUUUUGCGUCCGAAAGAACGUAUCUUAUUGAUCACCUGCUUGUCCUGCAACAGGUGUUUAUGGAACCGCUACAAGAAUUACAGUGCGAAGGGUAUCUCUUGUCAGUCGAUCUUCGCUCUAUCUUCGCUAAUCUAGAGGAGCUUUGCAAGGUUAGCAUGAAUUUUUGCCACACCCUGUUGAAUGUUGUUGAAGCUAGUAGGAGUGAAAAGUUCAGCAGUGCAAACGCGAUUGUCCAAGCUUUUGAAAAGUUUGGCAGUGUCAUGUGUCCUCCAUACCAGAGAUAUUGUACAUCUUAUGGUAACUCAAUCACGUAUCGGGAAGAGGUCAAAUCAAACGAAGAUUACGCCGCUUUUAUAAAGUGGUGUGAACGUAACCCGAAAUGCCAGAGAUUAAAGUUGACCGAUUUUCUCGUUGCACCAAUACAGCGUUUGGUUAAAUAUCCACUACUGCUUCAGAAGAUUGCGCAAUAUACAGCAGAGCCCAAUCAAAGCUCAUCUAUAGAGAAUACAUUACACGAAGUACAGGAAUCACUCCAGGCCCUUGAAGGUAAAGUCUCAUGGCUUUCUCACUUCCAGUUAAUGCAAGAUCUGCAGAACUCGAUUUCAUGGCCGGCUGUAUACGAUUUAGAUACGAAAACUGCUUUACCUGAGUCUUUACGUCAUGCCCUCGCCCAGCAGCCAUGUAGAAAUUUAAUCGGAAGUCCAAGACGUCAGUUGGUGCUUGAUGGGACACUUACAGUCGUUGAAAGUAACCGUACAACCGACAUAUACGCAUUAUUAUUCGACGAUAUGCUUCUAUUUACAAAACCAAAGAAAGGCAAAAGAAAAUCUUCCGAAGUGCCUUCCAGUUUAAAGCGACACUCGGUCUUAAAAGAUGGGACUCUUCUAUCAGUAUUCCGCCAACCAGUAGCCCUUGAUAGGUUUAUGGUAUAUGACGUAGAAGCAGACCAAGCGUCAUCACUUGGCAUCAAGAAUGCUUUCGUGUUGGUGCAAGAGAAUCGAUUCCAACAGAUGACGUCAGUAACUAUGCUACAAGCAUCUUCUGAAGAAUCAAAGAGAAAUUGGCUGACUCAACUGGCCUCUACCGCCGCACAGUGGAUGGAAAUUCACGUGUAUGGUAACAUAAGUCCAAACUCACCAAACGGUCAAAGAUCAUGUACAAGAUCUACGCCGUUUUCAAGCCAACCGAUACGAAACGAUUCUUAUAACGAUACGUUAAGCCAGAGUAAUAAGGCAAACUAUCCGUGUGAACACAUUUUAGAACGAAUGAGUAAUUCAGCUCGAAGUUCUGCAAGUGACGAAUCUUUUUCUAAUUUAACAGAUAGCAGUGCGAGUAGCCAUAAGCCAGAUACAUAUUCAGGGUACCCUGAAUGUGAUAUUUGUGAAGACGACCGUUUAUAGCGUUUUCGCUAAAAGUACGAGACUUGUUUUUUGCCUAUUUAUUGAUACUACCUGUGCGUUAUGGAACUGUUUAACCUGUCGUGUUCUACCUAAAAUCGCGGCACUGUAGUGCUCAGAAAAAUGUAAUCGCAAGUUCAUGAAAACACAUUUAAGGAUAAUACCUAUAAGCUGUGGUAAUUAAAUUUUACUUAUUAUUCCA